UCUAAUGGGUUUGGCAUACUAUUCUAAGUCCCCUUGAGGAGGCGCUAAUGAGUCCAUACGACGUGCAUUCAGUAGGUAGUGAAUUCAGCAACUAUCAGCUUCUGACAGGCCAUGUGCGGACCAUCCUGCGCAGAGACACUCAUCUCAAUCUCCCUGGUUGUCAAACUCUCUCAGGCCGAACGUCGUAUGAACGAUAAAAAUGUGCAGGCAAGGAUGGAAGUGAGCAAACACUGGUUUAUGAGAAAUCAUCAGGUUUUCAAGGAUUUUGACAUGUACUUAUCUUACGAUACAACCAGCGUGGUAUCAAACGUUCUCGAUGAAGGUCUGAAGGUUUUCGUAUUCAAUGGCGAUCAAGCCUACUGUAGUCUGACUACAUCACCAAUUCUAUUGGUGCACUGUCCUGGCUGAGCCAUUUGAAUGGUAAAACUGAUUAUGGUAAGGCGAUAGCGAGUGCAAAGCCUAAGUCCCUCAAGAUAAAUAACUAUCAUAUAGCUGAAUGCAACUUCACCUGUGCGGAUGCGAGCCCUUUUUAGUUAAGCUGCUGUGUAAGGACAUGUACGCAGGUGCAGGUGCACACGUGCUGUUCCACUGUGUUCCAUUGUAUCCUUCAUUGUGCGAGCUUAAAGAUAUUUUAGCCGAUCUCACUGCACUUAUUGGUACUGCGUAAAUCACAGAUUCAGUAUUCCU